AUGGAUCUGACACAGGUGCUGCCGGAGGAAUUGCUCGCCGAUGUGCUCCGCCGCGUCGCACCGCGCGGCCUCGCCGUGUGCCGCUGCGCCUGCAAGGCCCUGCUGGGCAUCAUCGACGCACGCCGCCUGCUGCGCACGGACCUCCUCCCGCACUCCGUCGGCGGCAUCUUCAUCAACGUCCACAGCGAACAUGUGUCGGAGUUCUUCGCCCGUCCCUCGACGGGCCCCACCAUCUCCGGCAGCUUCGACUACCUGCCCCCUACCGAUGGGCGCUCACCGUAUCGCGGUAUAAUACAGGAUCACUGCAAUGGCCUUGUCUUACUCGAAGAUUAUUCCGAGAAUUAUUAUGUGGUUAACCCGGCAACCAGACAGUGGGAUUCUUUGCCGCCGCACCAGUCCAUGUCGAAGUCCAAAGUGAGGGAUGCAGACUUCAGAUACCAAGAGUACCUCGUGUUUGAUCCCACGGUAUCACCCCACUAUCAGGUGUUUGUGAUCCCAAAUCCUAGGCGCAAAACGAAGCCCGAAGAUUUUGGUUAUGACAAAAGGAUUCAUGAAUUAGACCCCGUUAUGGAGAAAUCUGAAUGGCCACCAUCUGUGUGCGCUUUGCACGUUUUCUCCUCAAGGUCCGGCCGUUGGGAGGAGAGGUCUUUUAUUCGAGAUGGGAAGGCUGCAGGCACCAUCGCUGAUAUGUGGGGGCACUCCGAUUGCUACUAUGACAAGCAUUAUGCUGUCUACUGCCGGGGUGCACUUUACGUCCACUGCAAAACUGAUUUCGUAAUGAGGAUCUCUUUAUCAAAUGAUAAGUACCAAGUAAUUAAACCACGGAUACAUGGCGAACUCGGUGAGUGCAGAAAGCUCCAUCUUGGACGAUCAGAAAAUGGGGUCUACCUUGCAACUACUAGUUUUGAAACGUCUCAUCUUAUGGUUUGGGUCCUUGACGAAUCAUGUGGCCAAAUGAAUUGGGUCUUGAAGUAUAACAGUUGCCUUCCACCCAUACUGGAUUAUGAUCGUCCUGUUCUUGGCCCAUGGGUCUUACAAGAUGUUAACUAUAAUGAGUAUCUCAAAGAGAGAAAGGAGCGCACUGGAGGUUUUGAAGAUACGGAAUACAUGCAUGGAAUACCUAAAAGAAAACAAAUUAGAGUUAAACUCUGGAAGGGAAAAGCUAGUGGAAGAAAAGUUUGA